AUGCCGGACCCUGCGAGCAAUCCGCACCUUGACUAUGAUGAUCAACAGCUUCAGCAGACCCACCCUAGGGCUGAGGACAUCGACGAAUCCCACAUGCAUAUCGUCCUUCGUUCAUCAGAUACACGGCCCGUGCAUUCCUUCGACUCAAGGUAUCCUGAAGUGUUUAACGCGAUCCAUGACUCCACCCGGGAUGUUGAGGUCAGUGGAGGUCUUAGUGGUAGCCAUGAUGAAGGACAAGACUACAGAGCACCUUUGGAUCCCAACACAUACUCAUCAAGCAAGUCGAUCACCCAAAGCAGUCCGAAUUCCGGUUCGCCAUGGCCCUACGGCUCUUACGGAAUGUAUGGAGAAGGUUGUCUAGAUACUGAUCUAGCCUGGAUCCUCGACAUUGAUUUAGUGGACUAUCCCGGUCUUCAGAAAGACCAUGGCUUCAAUCUCGACAACAUCGGAUCUCAAGCUUAUCCGGAUCGGCAUUAUGAGCGGCCCAUGCCCGGUAACAUUUCAACCAUGGGCGAAACAGCCUCCAGGCAUCAAGGUGGUCAGACAUGCGAUUACCCGGCUGAUGACAACCAAAAUGAUUGGCCCGACGAAGAUCCCGUUCCAGGUGCACCAGCGCCGCCUGAGAUACCACCAACCGACAUUCCCGGUCAGGAAUCGUGGGUAGAGCCUGACGAAGUCAGACUUUUCCGUAAUCGGUACAAAAGCGGCCACUGGCAAUUUCUGGGAGUAACACCUGACGUGAGAGCGCGUUUGUUGGCCACCUUAGCUGAUAGUGCUUCGAUCGAGCAUGGACUCUUGCCGCCAGAUGAAUCGAAGUUUCCUGUUCCAGAGGUGCUUGAGUAUUUUCUUUUACUCUUCUUCGAAUUCGUGCAUCCUAGGUUCCCUGUUCUUCACAAACCGACAUUUAGUAUGGCCGCUGCGCCACCAUAUCUGGUGUUGGCGAUGAUCCUUCUGGGCUCCAGUCACUCUAGGACAAACCGAGGGAAAUUCGUUGCUGUGUACCUACACUCAGCUACCACGAUGUUUAUGAGGCUACAUGCCUUGAAGCCAUCAUUCCUUCGCUCGGUGGAAAAUAUUCUGACGUUACUGUUUCUCUGCGUCUCCGGCGCUUGGUCUGGACAUAAAAGAGCUACACGGUCUACGCGAGCGAAGCUUCUUGACACUUGGAAGGCCUGGAUUGAGCUGGAGCAACGUAAGCGCCUGGGACUUGCCAUAUAUAUGUUUGACCUUCAGUUUCCAGCAUUGUUUCACAAUCAACCAUACAUUUCCAAAGGGGAAACUGUAAAUCUGGUGUUGCCUUGCGAAGCUGCAUUCUGGGAAGCCAAGUCUCCUGAAGCGUGGAAAGUCCUCCUUGGUCCCGCCGAAAUACCCUCUGCAAUGUAUUUCAUGGUUCCGUUGGAUACUUGUCUUCUUUAUCCGGAAAUCAAACAUGACCCUCCUUACGCGCCUAUCGACUCCUACAGUAAAAUUAUCCUCAUGUACGCUUUGUUCGGCCACAUUUUCGAAUGGCGACAGAAUAUGAAUAUUGUUCUUCAUUCCGCCUUCAUCAGAGGCCCAGAGAGCAUUGGGCCGGCUGAAGGUCUCGCCGACCGUCAACGAUGGCUUCGCAAUGGUCUCAAGGCUUGGCUCGAUAACUACCACCACUCGAAUACGAGGGGGAACGCAUCCCAAGCUCCACCCGCGGGACUCCUUUUGCAUCAUCUCGCGAACAUAUACUUGGACAUAAACAUCUCCGAUCUCCAUUUGUAUGCCGGACGUUCGGGGUUAACUGAGGACAUCCAGCUAGCUGAGGAUGCGUUGAGAAGAUGGUGUCAGAGCUCGGGUUCAAGACGUACGAUCGAACGCGUCCAUGAAAUGCUUGAUCUGGCUCGCCGAACCAUUGAGGAUGAAAUAGCACCUACAUGCAGCUUUGAGAUCUCGGUUGCAUUGUUGACCGGUGGAUUAAUAUGUUGGAUGUACGAUCGAUUGGGCGGGGAUGCCCCAUCUGGUGAUUGGGUAUGUCAUUGA